AUGAUCGAAGGCAGUUCGAAUGCGGUCAACGUCAUCAGCGGAAGACAGCAGAAAUUCCAUAAGUUCCAGAAACAGUCGGUAGCGAAGAAGGACAAUUCGCCGAAGCAGUAUUCGUCCAGUAUGGAGAAAAGGCCAACCGGUCCAUGUUGGACAUGCGGGUUAAUGCAUUUUAGUCGGGACUGUACAUACAGAAAUCAUCAGUGUUCCGACUGCAAGCGUUACGGCCACAAAGAAGGCUAUUGUGGAAGUGCACGGAAGAGUCGUCCGAACUACAAACGGAAGUUCCAGCGCGUGACGGUAGAUACGAAGACCGUCCGAGUAUCAGUGGAUACCGCUUCAGACAUUAGUGUCAUAUCCGUGCAAACAUGGAAGCAGCUAGGACGACCUCAAGUAAAGCCACCGUCAGUGAAUGCCAAAGCAGCCUCGGGGGACCCACUCAAGCUGGUGUCACAGUUCGACUGUUCAAUAAGUGUUAACGGGGUAACACACGUAGGCGCGAUUUUCGUCGCGGAAAAAGAUUUACAUAUCUUAGGACUUGACUUAAUCGAGGCAUUCCAUCUAGAUUCGGUGCCGAUGAAUGCAUUUUGCAACGUAGUUUCCGUUUCUCCAUCCUUAGCGGAUCGUCUUAAGGCUCAGUAUCCACAAGUUUUUAAUACCGAGCUAGGUAAAUGUAUAAAAACUACAGUGAAGCUCGAACUAAAGCCAGAUCAAAUGCCAGUUUUUCGUCCUAAACGUCCGGUGGCGUACGCUAUGUACAGCGCAGUAGACGAUGAGUUGCAUCGGUUGGAGAGCAUGAAUAUAAUAACACCAGUAGAUUACUCUGAGUGGGCAGCUCCGAUAGUAGUGGUCCGGAAAGCAAACGGCAGCAUACGAAUUUGCGGAGACUACUCCACUGGUUUAAAUGAGGCUUUACAACCACACCAGUAUUCGCUACCGCUUCCCCAGGACAUUUUUGUGAAGCUGGCUCAUUGCAAGGUGUUUAGCAUUGUUGAUACCUUCAGCUGGAAGUCGACGAAGCCACCAGUAAAUUGUUUGGCGCCUGAAGUGAAAGCAGCACCGGGAGCGUUUCAGCAAGUCGUCGAUGCAAUGCUAGCUGGUCUGCAGCACACGAGCGGUUACCUCGAUGACAUCAUCGUAGGCGGCCGCAAUGAGGAAGAGCACUGGGAGAAUCUGAAAGCACUAUUCGAGCGUCUACAAGAGUUUGGGUUUACCAUCCAGUUGGAGAAGUGCUCGUUUGGCUCUCGUCAGAUUAAGUAUCUGGGGCAUCUGAUGGAUCAACAUGGUGUUCGGCCGGACCCUGCUAAGGUUGCCGCAAUUAGGCAAAUGCCUCCUCCUGUCGACGUGUCCGGCGUUCGUGCUUUUCUAGGAGCCGUUAACUAUUACGGCAAGUUUGUGCCUAACAUGCGCGCUCUACGGUUCCCGUUGGACGAGCUACUGAAGGCAGGCACAAAGUUUAAGUGGACAUCGGCGUGUCAAUCAGCGUUCGACAAAUUUAAAGAAAUCCUUUCGUCGGACCUGCUCUUAACGCAUUAUAACCCGGAGUUGGAAAUUAUCGUUGCUGCUGAUGCGUCCUCCAUUGGCUUGGGAGCCACGAUUAGUCACCGUUUUCCCGAUGGGUCAAUGCGAGUUAUCCAACAUGCGUCCAGAUCCCUCGCCCCAGCAGAGCGGAAUUAUAGUCAACCUGAUCGAGAGGGCUUAGCCAUAAUAUUUGCGGUCACGAAGUUUCAUCGCAUGAUUUUCGGCCGCAAAUUCCGGUUACAAACUGACCACGCACCGUUGCUUCGUAUUUUUGGGUCAAAGAAAGGUAUUCCCGUGUAUACCGCCAAUAGAUUGCAACGGUGGGCCUUGAUGCUGCUCAUGUAUGACUUUACGAUCGAAUACGUGGCCACAGAGAAGUUCGGUCACGUCGAUGUGCUGUCUCGGCUUAUAAACCAACAUGUUCGGUUGGAUGAGAAUUAUGUCAUCGCAGCUGUCACGCUCGAAAAGGAUGUUGGAGAAGUUCAGCAUGGUACGCGGAGCAAUCCGAUACUCAGCAAGGUGGUUCAGUACAUCCAUCAAGGCUGGCCAGCCAAGCAGGCUAUCACAUCCAAUCGCAACUUUCAAUUAACCUUCAGCCCAAGCGGUAAAGUCUCCCGUAACGAUGAUCGGCCUUCGCCCGAUGAGUUUUUCGGUCAGCGCGUCCAGCAUCUGGUGGAACUGCUCCAUGGUCCAUGGUCCUGGUCCAACGAACUGGAAACCACCUCUUCAAUGGGGAAACUGCCCAUUACGUGUAUUGCAGUCAUUGCUGCUUUAUCUGCUGCCCAGUUACCGUUACCGGGAGGAAUUCGGUACGGCUCUGCAAUUAUCGCGACGUCGCACAACGACUCCUUUGUCGACUGCCACAACAGUUGUUGUGCUAUGUCGCAAUGA